AGCAGCAGGCUAUUUGGCAUGGCUCUCGGUACAGCACCAGCACCAGCCAGGCAGCUAGCUAGCCAGCUAGCCAGUCUGCAGCCAGGUGUCGUCCAGGAAGCGGCCCUCCAACGCGUCUUCAAGCUGAGUUCCGGCCGGGCCGAGGCGGACCUGUUGGGUGCGUUGGCGCGCUUCACCUACUUCGAUCGGUGGUCGGAUGAGCAGCGGCGUGACUGCUGCCACCGGGCCCACAUCCGCCAGUACGAACCGGACCAGACGGUGUUCGUCGAGGGGCAGGCACCGGUCAACUAUGCGCACUUCGUGCUGAGCGGCGAAUGCGGGCUGCUGCAGUGCCUGCGCUUACUACGGUACCAUGACCCUCGCACGCCCGGUACCGCCCGGUACCGGCUCACCCGGGCCCUCCCGAUCGAGGACGAAAUUACGCGCUUCCACCGCCGACGUCGUCGCUGUCUGCUCGCCGCGGACUGGAGUGCCGGGGAUCCGGAAACUGUCCCGGAACAGCAGCCACUACCACUAACAACACCACCACCACCACCACCACCCCAGGAGGAUGAUACUGAAGAGAACACUCUGCUCCUAAGCGCGCCACCUCGCCACCCGUUCUUUUCCCGUAGGUUUUCCCACCUGGAGACCGGUACGGGACAAGCGGGCACCGAGCAUCACUUCUUCGAUCUCGCUACGUACAGCCGCGGCUCGGUGUUCGGCAUUGGGGAGCACAUGGUCGACCGGGUGGUGUUUGCCCGCAGCCGCGUCCAGUGUCUGCUGAUACCGCGCUACUGGCUGCUGGAGAAGCAGCAGAACCGCGGCAACGUCUGGCACCGUAUCCGGAUCUUUCUCGAGCAACGGCAACCGUCGCGCGACCGGCUGUUUCGGCACUUUCUGUUCGAGCUCCGGUGGCACCGCUAUCGGCGCCAGCUCGUCGACGAUCACGUCACGGUACAUGCGCCGCGGCACCUACCCCAGCUGCGCGACGUACCGCUCGUUUGUCGCAUCGAGGAGUACGACGUCGAGCCCUUCCAACCAGCAUAGAG